AUGGCAUCCACAGUACCGAACGUGCUGCUCCGGCGGGACCUGAGCAUAGAGCAGAAGUUCGAGCAGUUGAUGACAGAAAAUGCCCUGGGCGCUUCGGUAUCCCAAGACUCCGUCCUCGUCGCUAUCGGCACAUCCUUCGGCAUCACCGCCGCCAUUUUCAUACUUUUCCUUCUACUACGCCCUUUUAAUACUAUCGUUUACGCGCCCCGUCUCCGACACACCGACGAGAAACACCGACCGCCGCCUCUCGACAAAUCCCUGUUCGCGUGGUACAAGCCCGUGUUCAAGACAAACGAACCCGAAUAUGUUGAGAAGAUUGGACUGGAUGCGACCAUCUUCCUGCGUUUUGCACGCAUGUGCAGGAACAUGUUUGUCGUACUCGCCAUCGUUGGCUGUGCGGUUAUCGUUCCCGUCAACGUCAUCAAGUCGGUGGAAUUCCAGAAGAAUUUCGACGGAGAUAUGAGCGGCAAGAUCAUCUUCCUGAUGACACCUAGAGAUCUAUUCGGUCAGGUUUUCUGGGCUUUCGUCGUGCUGGCAUACCUUAUCGACAUCAUCGUUUGCGGUUUCUUGUGGUGGAUGUACCGCGCUGUACACAGGAUGAGACGCCAGUACCUCGAGCAUCCAGACUACCAGAAUAGUCUGCACGCGCGGACGUUGAUGGUUACGGAUAUCGACCGUAGCUUUCGCAGUGACCAGGGCAUCGUCGAGGUUACGGAUAGCUUGAAGACUACGCCAGAGGUGCCCCGCGCAUCCAUCGGACGCAACGUGAAGGAUAUCCCAGAUCUCAUCGAGGCACACGAAGAAGCCGUUAUUGAGCUGGAGAAGAUAUUGGCGAAAUACCUGAAGAACCCAAACAAGUUACCCGCCGAGCGACCGUUAUGUACUCCCUCGAAGAAAGACCCAGAGUUCACCGAUAAGGCGCAAAAGGUGGAUGCAAUUGACUACCUCACAGCGCGCAUCCAGCGACUGGAGAGCAAGAUCAAGGAGGUCCGGGAGACGAUCGACAAGCGCGAUGCUCUAUCGUACGGAUUCGCUAGCUACGAGAGUAUCGACUCUGCGCACAUGGUCGCCUUCGCAGCCCGCAGCAAGCACGUCAAAGGCACCACCGUCCGACUUGCACCCAAGCCAAAGGAUAUCAUCUGGAAAAACCUUACCCUUGACCCCAAGACGCGACGAUGGAGGAGGACCGUGAACAACUUCUGGAUCACCCUGCUUACGCUCCUGUACUUCAUCCCUAACGCCCUGAUCGCCGUCUUCCUGUCCAAGCUCUCCAACCUAGGUUUUGUGUGGCCUACCUUCCAGACCGAACUAGCCGCCCACGCCGAUUUCUGGGCCGUCGUCCAAGGUCUCGCAGCUCCGGCACUUACCUCGCUCUUCUACUACUUCCUGCCCAUCAUCUUCCGUCGCUUGUCCAUCAAGGCCGGAGACACGACCAAGACCUCCCGAGAGCGCCAUGUCACAGCACAAUUAUACGCCUUCUUCGUCUUUAAUAACCUGUUCGUCUUCUCGCUCUUCAGCGCCGUCUUCGGUAUGAUUGUCAUGAUUGUCAAUCUCGCGACCCAGGAACACGUUCCCUUCAUGGAUAUCCUACGCCAAAUCAAGUUCUUCGACACGACCAUGCGUACCCUAUGCGAAGUCUCGCCCUUUUGGGUUACCUGGCUCGUCCAGCGUAACUUGGGCGCUGCUAUCGAUCUAGCUCAGGCGGUCAAUCUGGCGUGGGGAAGUUUCUCGCGCAAGUUCUUGAACCCGACGCCUAGGGAGCUGAUCAGUCGGACUGCGCCGCCGCCGUUUGACUAUGCGAGUUACUACAAUUACUUUUUGUUUUACUCGACGGUUGCGCUGUGUUUUGCGCCGUUGCAGCCGAUUACGCUGGUUAUUGUGGCGAUUUACUUUACACUCGAUAGCUGGAUGAAGAAGUAUCUUCUGAUGUACGUCUUCUGCACCAAGAACGAAUCUGGUGGCGCCUUCUGGCGUGUACUCUUCAACCGCAUGCUCGUUGGCACUUUCUUCUCCAACUGCAUCGUUGCACUGCUGGUCGUAGCCCGUGGUUACGAACACAAAUGGACCAUGCUAGCCGCCAUGGCCCCUCUCCCUCUCGGCUUGAUCGCCUUCAAAUUCUACUGCAAGAACGCCUUCGACCACUCGCUCAAGUACUACACCCAAGGCACACGCGCCAAGGGUACCGAAGCCCCAACCCCAAUCGACAAGGAAUCGCGCCGAAGAGAUCGCGUUGCCGUGCGAUUCGGCCACCCAGCCCUAUACCAAAAGCUCACCGUCCCCAUGGUGCACGAAAAAUCCAAACACCUCCUCGCCGAAGUCUACCGCGGCCGCCUCGACGGCGACAUUGGCGACACCGCCGCCUUCUCUGACGUCUACACCAUGAAACGCAUGUCCAAAGAACACCCUGGUAAAACCGCCGCCUCAGCCAACAUCACCAGCGGUGGUGGAACCGGCCCCUUUGAAUUCGUGUCGGAAUCGAAUAUGGACUUUGAGAAUUAUAAAAACAGACCUGAGUUUAGCGAUGAACACGGCGGCGAGGGCAGUUUGUAUGGCGGUAGUACGGUGGGGAGGCCUGAUACACCGGGGAGUCAUUGGGGCCGCGAUAACUCCACUAAUAAUAGUGAUCGCGGGAGGAGUACAAGUCGUGAUUCUGAGAGGACGAUGCGAGAUGAUCCGGGCGUUUUGUACCCACAAGGGUACCAUCAGACACCCAGUGCGUUGCGCGAGUACAGUCCUAGUCCUAGCUUGGAUUUGAGGGGCGUGGAUAGUAGAGAGAGUCCGUAUGAGAUUGGAGGAGGGGAUCAGGGGAGGUUGGUUAGUGGGGCUGCACCUAUGGGUGUUGGGCAUGGGCAACAGCAGUAUACGCCGUAUAGUCCUAGUAGGGAUGGGGCGAGGGAUUACUUUGCUAGGUAG